GCCUCUGUGUCCGCUGGCUGUGGGGACAUGGAGUGGCUCUGUGACCAGUGGGAUCUGCCACACCCUGCUGGGUCCUCCCAGAGAGCUCUGGUGCCACUCGGGGGCAGCGGACAGGGGCUGUCCCUGUGUGUGGCUCCCAGGAAGAGGAACCAAUGUGUUGAAAAGCAGAUGGAGUUUGCUCCUCAGCAGCAUCCGGAGUGUCCAGAUGGGGCCUUCCCACUCAUCACCCAGACCGUCAGCAUCAAUAAGGCCAUUAAUGCGCAGGAAGUGGCUGUCAAGGAGAAACACGCCAGGACGUGUAUCCUGGGCACACACCACGAGAAGGGAGCCCAGACCUUCUGGUCAGUGGUGAACCGGCUGCCACUGUCCGGCAAUGCCGUGCUCUGCUGGAAGUUCUGCCACGUCUUCCACAAGCUUCUCCGGGAUGGACAUUCCAAUGUCCUGAAAGACUCUGUGAGAUACAAGAAUGAGCUGAGUGACAUGAGCAGGAUGUGGGGCCACCUGAGCGAGGGCUACGGGCAGCUCUGCAGCAUCUACCUCAAACUGCUGAGAACCAAGAUGGAAUUUCACACCAAGAAUCCCCGCUUCCCUGGCAAUCUGCAGAUGUCCGACCGGCAGCUGGACGAGGCCGGGGAGAACGACGUCAACAACUUUUUUCAGCUGACGGUGGAGAUGUUUGACUACCUGGAGUGUGAGCUGAACCUCUUCCAGACAGUGUUCAGCUCCCUGGACAUGUCGCGCUCGGUGUCGGUGACGGCGGCAGGGCAGUGCCGCCUGGCCCCGCUCAUCCAGGUCAUCCUGGACUGCAGCCACCUCUACGACUACACCGUCAAGCUGCUCUUCAAGCUCCACUCGUGUCUGCCAGCGGAUACGCUGCAGGGCCACCGGGAUCGCUUCCUGGAGCAGUUCCGAAAGCUCAAGGACCUCUUCUAUCGCUCCAGCAACCUGCAGUACUUCAAGCGGCUGAUUCAGAUCCCGCAGCUGCCAGAGAACCCCCCCAACUUCCUGCGAGCCUCGGCGCUGUCGGAGCACAUCAGCCCUGUGGUGGUGAUCCCUGCUGAGGCGUCUUCCCCUGACAGCGAGCCCAUCACAGACCUGGUGGAGAUGGACACGGCCUCACAGAGCCUGUUUGACAACAAGUUUGACGACAUCUUCGGCAGCGCCUUCAGCUGCGACCCCUUCAACUUCAACAGCCAGAACGGGAUGAACAAGGAUGACAAGGACCGGUUAAUCGAGCAGCUUUACGGGGAGAUCGCAGCCCUGAAGGAGGAGCUGGAGAACUUCAAGGCCGAGAGCGCGCGGGGUGCAGUGCAGCUGCGGGGCCGUGCCAGCGAGCUGGAGGCUGAGCUGGCCGAGCAGCAGCACCUGAAGCAGCAGGCACAAGACGAGAGCGAGUUCCUGCGCACGGAGCUGGAGGAGCUCAAGAAGCAGCGGGAGGACACUGAGAAGGCUCAGCGGAGCCUGACAGAGAUCGAGAGACGGGCGCAGGCCAACGAGCAGCGCUACAGCAAACUGAAGGAGAAGUACAGCGAGCUGGUGCAGAACCACGCCGACCUGCUGCGCAAGAACGCGGAGGUGACAAAGCAGGUGACGGUGGCCAGGCAGGCCCAGGGGGAUGUGGAGCGGGAGAAGAAGGAGCUGGAGGACUCCUUCCAGAGGGUGAGCGAGCAGGCACAGAGGAAGUCUCAGGAGCAGGCAGAGGUGCUGGAGACGCUGAAGCGGGAGCUGGCAGCCAGCAGGCAGGAGCUGCAGGUGCUCCAGGGCACACUGGAGUCCAGCACGCAGGCGGGAGCGGAGCAGAACUCCCGGAUCAGCAGCCUGGAGCAGGAGCGGGACAGGCUGAGCCAGGCAGCGGAGCGGCACGGGCAGGACAUGGCAGCGCUGCGGGCGGAGCUGCAGCAGCUGCGGGACACGCUCAGCCGGGAGCAGGAGAGCAGCAGGACCGAGCUGGAGUCGCUGCAGACCCAGCUGAGAGACAAGGAGGGCGCAGAGCAAGUGCUGCAGCAGCGCCUGGCCGAGGAGCAGCGAUCCCUGCUGCGGGGCACCGCCCGCGAGGCCGAGCGGAUGGUGCAGGACGCCCUGGCUCGCAUGGAGGAUCCCGCCCACAUCAGCUGCACCGGCUCGGCAGAUUGCCUCCUGUCCCGCACACUGGCAGCCUCCGAGUGCAUGGAGAGGCUGCGGGAUGCGCACGGCAAGUACCUGUCAGAUGGCACAGCCGUGGGCUCCCUGCUGCCCUGCCUGGCCCUCUUCGCCCACUUGGUCAGCGACACCCUCCUGCAGGGCAGCGCGACCUCCCACGUGGCCCCCGUGGAGCCCGCUGACCGUCUGCUGGAGCUGUGCAGGCAGUGUGGCAGCGAGGCCCUGAGCUACCUCAGUGCCCUGCAAGACCCAGGGACAGUGGCAGGCGCUGACUGCAGCCCAGUGACAGCCUGCCUGGGCCGGAUCAGCACCAUCGCAGAGGAGCUGCGUCCCAGAGGGCUGGACGUCAAGCAGGAGGAGCUGGGUGACCUGGUGGACAAGGAGAUGGCGGCGACGGCCGCGGCCAUCGAGACGGCGUCCGCCCGCAUUGAGGAGAUGCUGAGCAAGGCACGGGCUGGUGACACUGGGGUCAAACUGGAAGUGAACGAGAGGAUCCUGGGCUCCUGCACGGGUCUCAUGCAGGCCAUCCACGUCCUGGUCCUGGCCUCCAAGGACCUCCAGAGAGAGAUCGUGGAGAGUGGACGGGGAGCAGCAUCCCCCAAGGAGUUCUACGCCAAGAAUUCCCGCUGGACUGAGGGUCUCAUCUCCGCCUCCAAGGCCGUGGGCUGGGGUGCCACUGUCAUGGUUGACGCUGCCGACCUGGUGGUGCAAGGCAAGGGGACAUUCGAGGAGCUGAUGGUCUGUUCCCGGGAGAUCGCGGCCAGCACCGCUCAGCUGGUGGCAGCCUCCAAGGUGAAGGCAGACAAGGACAGUGCCAACCUUUGCAAGCUCCAACAAGCCUCCCGGGGAGUCAACCAGGCCACAGCCGGUGUGGUGGCCUCCACCAAGGCUGGGAGGUCACAGGUGGAGGAGAAAGACAGCAUGGACUUCUCCAGCAUGACACUCACCCAGAUCAAGCGUCAGGAGAUGGACUCGCAGGUGCGGGUGCUGGAGCUGGAGAACCAGCUGCAGAAGGAGCGGCAGAAGCUGGGGGAGCUGCGCAAGAAGCACUACGAGCUGGCUGGUGUGGCCGAGGGCUGGGAGGAGGAUGCUGCAGAGUAGCCCCAGCGGCAGCAGCAGCCCCCGGGGGACACCUGGGGCCUCGCAGGGACCCCGCUCGAUGCAGCCUUUUGGGAAGAUCCCCACGGAUCCGGUGCAGAAGCCUCCCCGAAGCACACGCCCCCUUCAUCCCCCAGGAGCCGCCUCCGGAGCCCCGAGAGCCGCCCGGCGAGGCCCCGGGGCCGGGGGCUCUGCAAAGUGCACGUGUAUUUAUUAGAGCUGCUGGGGGGUGGGAGGGGUCUCCGGGGGUCUUUAACCCUUUAGUUUUGUUUUUGCACAGAUUCUGGGAACUCUUAGAGCCGGCUCUGGCUGAGCGAGAGCGCUCGGGCUUCUUUCGCCUCUCGCUGCUUUUCCAGCCUUAACCCAGCCCGUGGCUCGGCGUGACCGUCCCCCCGCCCCGGGGAUGAGCCUGCUGAAGGCCCCGGGAGUGCCAGCGGGUGGGGGGCAGCUUUUCGGGUGCUGCUGGGCUUGGUGCUAGGUGUGCUCCCCCUCGGCGGGAGCACCGAGUGCCUUUGGCCACUGCAGGGUGGGGCGGUGGCGUUCCCGUGGGAUACCCUGUCUGGGGACACCAGAGUGCCGGGAGCAGCCGGGAGAGGGGCCGGCAGCAGGAGGGACGCUGCCAUGAGCUCCUGCCCCACAUCCCAGGUUCCCAAAACGCCCCUCGCAGCGCCCCCCUGAGCUGGGCUGCCCUGCCCCGACAGAUCACUGUGUUCAUGCCAGCAAUAAACCCUCCGCAAGGUGCUGGGCGCGGGGUUGGGCCACCACGGUGCCACCGCACAAGCCACCAGCUCCUGGGGACGGGGGGUGGCUCUAGGGCAGCACAGAGGGUUUGAGGGAGCAGCCAGGGUGCCCCAAAACCAGAGCACCCCAAAGCCAGAGCAAGCAGCUCCCUGUCCCCGCUCGCUUUGGUGCCAUCCCGGUGUCACCACCACCUUCUUGGGUGCAGGGGGGACUGGUGCCAGCAUGGCCGUGGGCAGAGAUGGGCACUAGCCAGGGAACCUUUGUGCCUUGAGCAGGGGGCUUGGAGGGCAGGGGGGCGUUGCCACCUCCGGGCCCCCCAGAUGUCACCGUCCCCUGCGGUCCUGCUGGUGCUCCUGCUGGGACCAGAGCGUCCCUCCCCUGCUGGGGGCAGGAUUUGGCCUUUCUCCCUUUGGGAAGCAUCUGGGCUGUCCCUGCGUGCUUUCCCAGUGACAUCCCCCAGCCCCCGGGGCAGUGGGAUCUGCCACCACCGCCGCGGCCUCGGAGCUGCCACCGCCCAGCGCAGCCGUCCAGCGAGCAGCGACCCGCUGUCCCCGCGUCCCCAGCCAGCCCUGCUGCCACCCCCAGCCUGCUGGGGGGACCUGGGGGCUCCCCACGGGGGUCCCGCUGCCUCCCCAUCCCACCCCGCGCUGGCUCCCCUCGGAUGCAAUACCAACCAUCCCGUUCCUGCCGGACACGGGGAGCCCCAACACCCUCCCUGCUUUUUUGGGGGGGGUCUCGCCUGCAGCCCCAACUACCUCAGGCCUCGGGGCCGGGGAGCCGCACGGGGGGCGUGGGGGCAGCGGGGACGUGGGGACAGUGGCACCGCCCUCGGCCGAAUCCAUUGUCCCUUUUGUAUCACGGGCGGGGGUCCCCGCGGUGUCCCCGGUGCUGGUGACAGGGGCAGGGGCUGCCCCCCCCCCGGUGCAGGGCGGGUUGGUUUGGUUUUUCAUUGUAUGAUAACAAUGACCCGUCGUGUGUUUGGGAUUUUUCAAUAAAGCCUUCAGCCCAG